AGUUGGUUAAACUGGUAAUGACAUCUCAAAUGACGAAUCAUAUGUUAUCAAAAAUCCUCCAUUGUUAAUUUUAUUAUUGUAAAUUGCGAUGUAAACGACUCGAAUAUUUUUAAAGAGUGAAUGUGAAAAUAGUUAAUUAACAGUUUGACCAAAGUAUGCACAGCGUUUAUUAAUCAUGGAGUCUAAUAGAAGAAAAUAUGUGAUAAAUCCUUUAAUUUGUUUAUUUUUAAUUUUUAAUAUUGCGACGUAUGUAAGGACAAUACCAUCGUCCUUGACGAUUGAUGAAUCACGAACUCCUAAACAGAAUGUUCAAGAACAAGUUGUUGAUGACCAAAAGGAUAAAGGGAUAUAUGAUACUAAAAAUCUACAAAAUGAUUCAAUUACAACAACAACCCUAGUGAAACCAAUAUCAACUACAGUGAAACCUGAUAAUUCAACGAUUGUUAAACAUGCUAAUGUGACUGGAGAAAAUGUAACUAAUGUACAACUUACAGAUUUAGCACAUAUAGAUACUUUAGAAGAAGAGCGUAACAGCUCGGCACCAGAGGUUAAAACCACAUCACAAACAGCAGAUCCAGUUCCUGUGCUACCUGCCAAAGAAGCUGCUGAAGAUGAACAUAACAGUUCCAUGGCAAUAUUUUUUGUAUUAUGUGUUCUUGCUUUAGGUAUUUUAUUGAUACAUCUUAUGCUUCAAACACAUUUCCAAUAUGUCCCAGAAAGUAUUGUCAUUGUCUUUCUUGGAGCCUUGAUUGGAUUAACUAUGAAUGCUCUUUCAAACCGAAAUAUUAGCAACUGGAGAAAAGAAGAAGCUUUCUCGCCAACAGCAUUCUUUUUAAUACUAUUACCACCUAUUAUAUUUGAAUCAGGUUAUAACUUACACAAGGGUAAUUUUUUCCAAAAUAUAGGAUCAAUAUUAGUGUUUGCAAUAUUCGGAACAACUAUUUCUGCAUUCGUAAUUGGUUUUGGUAUAUAUUUUUUGGGAUUGGCUGAUGUGGUUUAUAAAUUAGGUUUCGUUGAAUCAUUUGCAUUUGGCUCCCUUAUUUCAGCUGUCGAUCCAGUUGCUACCAUAGCAAUUUUUCAUGCUCUAGAUGUAGAUCCGAUUCUGAACAUGUUAGUUUUUGGAGAAAGCAUUCUCAAUGAUGCUAUAGCUAUCGUUUUAACAAAUGCAGCAUUAGAGUCUAACAAUCCUAAUAUGAAUACAGGUGAAGCUAUAGUAUUAGGUAUAGAAAGAUUUUGCUUAAUGUUCUUUGCUUCUGCUCUUCUAGGAGUUGUUUUUGCACUUGUUAGUGCUCUAUUAUUAAAACAUGUAGACUUGCGGAAAAAUCCGUCAUUAGAAUUUGGUAUGAUGUUGGUUUUCACUUAUGCUCCCUAUGUUUUGGCUGAAGGUAUCCAUCUUUCUGGUAUAAUGGCAAUUUUAUUCUGUGGGAUAGUAAUGUCCCAUUAUACACACUUCAAUCUUUCUACUGUUACACAAAUUACUAUGCAACAGACUCUUAGAACUCUUGCUUUUAUUGCUGAAACAUGCGUAUUUGCAUAUUUAGGUUUAGCAUUAUUUAGUUUCAAGCAUAGAGUAGAACCUGCUUUAAUUGUUUGGAGCAUAGUUUUGUGUCUCUUCGGGAGAGCCUGUAAUAUAUUUCCUCUAGCAAUUUUAGUUAACAAAUUUAGGGAACAUCAGAUAACUAAGAAGAUGAUGUUUAUAAUGUGGUUUAGUGGGUUGAGAGGUGCCAUUUCUUAUGCUCUUUCACUCCAUCUAAAUUUUAGUGAUGAGACAAGGCAUGUGAUAAUUACUACUACUUUAAUUAUUGUAUUAGUUACAACGUUAUUCUUUGGGGGAUCUACUAUGCCUCUUUUAAAAUUUAUGCAAGCAACCAAAAAUCCUUCUAGAAGACUUAAGAAACGUAAAAAAGAUCGAGAAGUAACUUUAAGCAAAACGAGAGAAUGGGGACAAACUCUGGAUUCUGAGCAUUUAUCUGAAACUACCGAAGGAGAAGUGGAAGUUUCUUUUGUAUCUGAUCGCAUCCGAGGCUUUGCUAAAUAUGAUCUAAAAUAUUUCAUACCGUUUUUCACCAGGAGAUUUACUCAGCAGGAAUUAAAAGAUUGCAAGAGUCAGAUGACAGAUUUAACCAACCAGUGGUACCAGGCAAUCCGUAUAUCUCCGGACCAAUCUGAUGAAGAUAGCGCGAAUACAGCACGAUCAAGUAUAUCGAGCAUCGUUCGCUGACUAAAUAAUAUAUUUAUAACCCGUUUAUCAAUAUAUCCAUAUAAAAAACAGUAUUGAAAUGCAAAUGUCCCUAGUCAAAUAAAAAAAUGUACUUAGGCCUUUUUUGGUUUUAAUUUCUUAUUUGUAGGUUGUUAUUAAAAAAUAUGGUUGUAUAUUGUUAAUUAGUCUGCACUAAGAUUUUUUGAUGAUAAUAAAUAUAUCAUCUUCU